AAGGUACAAUAAUUUACAAAUAGCUUGGGGUAAAAGUGUCUUGAAUUUGUCUUAAAAAGAUACCAUAAUUCAGCUAUAUAGAUUCAUAAAACUAAACACAAAUUGUCAGCAAAUGCCGAUUUCAUGCAUACCACCGGCCAAUUUCAUAAUUAAAAAUGAUGACAGCGAUACGCCGGUACAUUCCAGGCACGAAAAUUGAAUUGAUAAAAAGCUGCGUGAUUGGAUUCUUCUUAAUUAGCAAACACAAACGUCUUUCAUUCAAAAAAGCCUCUAAUGGACGCAUUCACAUUCAAUCAAGGACCUUUGUCUCCAUGUACAUCUCCUUCAGAUUCCCCUAUACAUUCCAUUGGGCUACCAAACUACACAUUCCCACCUUCACCUCAAUCAAGUCAGCCUUCAGUAAAGAGAGUGAGACUCGAAGACAGCAAUUUACAAGAUUACAGCAUUGGAUUGUUGAACUCAAGUCCAGGAUUGGAUAGCUCACCAGUACAAGCAAUAAACAAAAAGAGGAAAUUGAGCACUGAUCUUUCAACAAACACAACAAAUGCAUUGGGGUUGGAUUAUAACAAAGAAAAUGAUUUUGACUAUAACUUCAGUAGCUACUUCUACCCAAAUCAAGAUAAUGCAGCACUCAACUUUACAUACUCAAACUGGUGGAUUCCAAAUACCACAUCAACAUUACCAACUCAAGCUACUACACCUCGCGCAUAUAAUAACAGCUGGUACCUCCUUAAUCAGGAUGAUGAACCAGAGGAGAUUGACAGAAGGUCUUCAACUUCUUCAACUGUCUCAUCAACUAGUUCGUACUCUGAAUCACCAAAGGUGUUAGAGUCCCCUGUUUCUGAAGUGAAUGAUCCAUUUAUUAAGGCUAUUCAACAAUCACCUAUUAAUAUCCCAACUGAGUCAAGGGCUAAGGCAAAGAAGCAACAAGAGAGCGUACCAAGAAAAAGAGGAAAGUUACCAAAACAUGUAACUGAAAUACUCAGAAAAUGGUUAAUGGAGCACGCGGGACACCCGUAUCCAUCCGAGGAGGAGAAGAAGAUGCUUUAAUUGGUUUAUCAACGCUAGAAGAAGAAUAUUAGUCCCUGCACCAAUGAACAGUACACCAAAUCAAUCACGUAAAAAAUCAACCAAGCAAGCAAU